AUGACAGCUACGAAAUCAAUUCAAGUUCAGAUAGUACAACUUGACCAGGUAAUAGAAGUGGUCAGGCAUUUAACCUACGACCCUCUCUACAAAAAGGAUGAUAUAAUCCAAAUAACGGCAACCACAGUACCAAGGGCCAGAGUUGAAAUCGCUUCGCUUGCUGCCAUUAUUCAAUACUCUUGCGAUAUCGUUUUGUCAAACAUCGUACAUGACGUAAUCAUUGACUUUUCGCGUAUCAGAAUUCCAUUCUCUUGGCCUAAUAAAUCUAUUCGAGAAAUUCUUUUUGCUAAACAUGAUAGCCCGGUAGCUCUCGAGUUGGUCAGUAGAGAUUGUCGUCUAGCUCUGUUCAGAAAAAACGACCAUAACCGCCGAGACGAUUGGUACGAUCAGAUAAAAAAUUGGAGGAACGACCUACCAAAUCGUUUUCAUCUUAUGUUGAACGAAUUGGUCGAGAAUGUAUCAGCUCACGCAAAUUUAGAAGAAUCAAGAUUUUGCUUUACAACAGGCCUACUGUUCGCUCAUAAAAAGCUUUACUAUGUCGUUGCUGAUAGUGGUAUUGGACUUCGAGGAUCACUUCGAGAUGCAAUUGUUUCGGAGGCCAAAGAAGUAUCAUCAAGAGCAUGCGCACUACAUUUAACACGCCCGCAAUUUACCUCCAAAGGCAUCGUAAGGGGUCAUCAAGGAGUUGGUCUUUUUAUCACCAGUGAAUUAGCACAGAUGAACAAAGGUUAUCUUGAGAUCCUUUCUGGUCCUCAAGAAUAUGAACAACGCGACAAUACGGUGAUGCGUGUGAGAGGCAUUGCUGAGUGGAAAGGAACAAUGGUACACGGCGCGAUCAAUCUUGAUCAAGAAUUCAACUACCGCCAUGCCAUGAAUUUAUUUGCCGAUCCCUCAAAACUUUCCAACGAUCGUUUCCUUGUGUGCCAAAUUCACUUGAAUGUUUAUGGUCAAAGUACCCUUCGCACCCGUGAACUUUGUGAAGAGAUAAUCCGCGACCUUGAACUUGCGGCCGAAAGGUCACGAAAAAUUAUUUUGGAUUUUACGGGCAUAGAAGAAAUCAGUCAAGCUUUUCGUGGUUUUCUGAGACAAUUUGUCGUAAAGAAUUCAAAGAUACAGAUCAUGAUCUUGGUACCUCCGCAUGCUGAUGACGAACUCAAAGAAGAUUUGCAGGAGCUGGUUGAGCUGGCCGCCCAAAAUAUGAAUGAGGAUGAUUAG